CGUUCUUCGUUGGUUUUCUUGAGGACAGCUGUUAUUUCAGCUUUCGUUCUGACUGACAACUGACAACUUACGAAAGUAAAAGUUGCUUCUUGACCUUCACAUACACCGAGGCGUUAUAUUCCAAUUUAAGGGCGUGUGGAUGGCUCUUAUCAAUUUCUGAGCGAAACACAAGUGCUGAUUUGUUGAGUCACAUGGCCAGGAGAGUCCUUUUCAGUUUGGGUCACAAGUGGCUUCAGUCGACAUCACUGGUCAGAUUGUCGACGACUCAUGUGCUGCCAGCAUACAGCUAUAGUCUGUUAAUAAGGCCGUCUUCACAUUCUCUUAUUGGAAAUGCGGGAGUGAAGGUUGUGACUGUCCGCAAGUUUGAAGGCUCUGACGACUCAAAAAACAAGAACCCUGCCGAGGCCAACAGACCGGUCAGCACUUCUGCUACUGCCACACAGGCCAGCUCAGGUGGCGGGGAGACUACUCCUACUGCAAGCAUGAUUGAGUCGGUCGUGGGAAAAGUCGGGGAUUUCAAUGAUGGGGAGAUGAAAGAAGUAGAAAUUGGGGACAAAAAAGCUUUGCUGGUCAAGGAGAGUGGUCAGUUCUAUGCUGUGAGCAACAAGUGUACCCAUUACGGAGCACCUCUGACCAAAGGUGCCUACUGUAAGGGUGUGGUGAGAUGUCCCUGGCACGGGGCCUGCUUCAACGUGAAGACUGGAGACAUUGAAGAUUUCCCCGGCCUGGACAGUCUGCAAAAGUUUGAGGUGGAGGUACGUGGAGAGGAUGUGGUCGUGCGCGCUGACCCAGCCUCGCUGGAAAACAACAAAAGGGUCAAGGCCAUGGUGAGAAAAGCUGCCGACAACAAGAAGACAGUUGUGCUGGUUGGUGGAGGGCCGUCGACGUUGGUGUGUGCGGAGACUCUCAGACAGGAGGGCUUCACAGGUCGCGUGGUCCUUGUCUCACAGGAGAAUUGUCUCCCUUAUGAUAGAAUUAAACUGAGCAAGGCAAUGAGCAUCAAGCCGGAGGAGAUAGCCCUGAGGAAAGCCGACUUCUACGAAAACAACGGGAUUGAGCUCAUGUUGGGACAGCAGGUGGAAAGUGUGUCUACUAGUGACAAGAAACUCAAUCUGGGGAGUGGAGAGAGCCUGGGCUAUGACACACUUGUACUGGGAACAGGAGGACAACCCAGACGUUUACCCAUCCCUGGUAUUGAGCUGGGAAAUGUGUACAUGUUACGUACCCCAGCAGAUGCCAAUGCCAUUGCAGAGAAUGCUGUGGGCAAGAAUGUGGUCAUCGUUGGCUCCUCCUUUAUUGGCAUGGAAGUGGCUUCAUCUUUGGCUGAGAAAGCUCAGAGUGUGUCUGUAGUGGAUUUGGUUCGAGUCCCAUUCCAGUUGACGCUGGGAGAGAAGCUAGGAACAUUCAUGCAGAAGCUUCACGAGUCAAAGGGGGUUAAGUUUCACUUUGAGACGAGCGUGAAGGAAUUUCGCGGGGAGGACGGCAAGGUCACGGAAGCCGUGCUGGCAAAUGGAGAGACGUUGCCAGCUGAUGUGUGUGUCAUGGGAGUUGGUGUUGUGCCAGCCACACAGUUCCUCCAGGACUCUGGUGUGGAUCUCACCUCAAGGGGCUUUGUCACUGUCAACAAGAAAAUGCAGACAAAUGUGUCAGAUGUGUAUGCAGCAGGCGACAUUGUGGAAUUCCCCCUGUUCACCGCGGGCGACCAGCAAGCCAACGUACAGCAUUGGCAGAUGGCACACAUGCACGGCAGAAUAGCUGGUCUGAAUAUUGCUGGCAAGCCCACAGAUGUCCACAGUGUUCCCUACUUCUGGACUGUCCAGUACGGCAAGAGCAUCCGCUACACAGGUUACGGGCCUGGCUAUGAUGACGUGGUGCUGCACGGAGACGUGGAUGAGGGAAAAUUCUUGGCCUACUACACCAAGGCUGAUCAGGUCGUUGCAGUUGCUAGUUUGGGCUGGGACCCUGUAGUUUCUCAAGCAGCUCAGCUUCUCAACCAGGGCGGCUCCAUUUCGAAAGCUGAGAUCACGUCGGAACCAAGCAGCUGGGUGAGCCGUCUGUGCCAGUAGGACUCGGGGGCCGUGGUGGAGACACCGAGAUGUAUGCACGCUCCGACUGCACCUGUCAUCUGGGAUUUUAUUGGCAUGAAUCAUAAGUUCAUAGAAGCCACUCCCACCCCCGCCCCACCCCCCUGCCGACUGCUCCUGUUCAUCUGAGUUUUAUUGACAUAAAUCAAAAGUUCAUAGAAGCCACUCCUCCCCCUUCCCUUCCCCUCACCAUGAAUCAUGAACUUUAUGCAAAUACAUAUAUGCCUGCUUGUUUUUAAUUGUGUCAUUUCAUCAACAAGGUGAGGUGACCACCACCUAUGAACACUUCUCUUCCUGCUUCCUGUAGGGGUUUUUACAACCGCUCAAAGCCACCGCAGAAUGCCAUCUUCCCAUCACGACUUGGCUGUAAGUGUACUUCACAUUUUUGUGUCUGAUUAGGAAAAGUGGAGCCUUUUUAAGGACUUUUCCUGUAAACAGAAAGUGUUUUUCAUGGCAGUUUUAGGGAAAAAUGAGCACCUCUGCUUGACUUUACUUUAUUGACCGAGGGAAAAAGAUUGUGUUGGUGUAGCUCAUUUUUCUUGUGACAGCGACGAUAUCUUAAUUCUACAGGAGGAAUUGAGGAUUGUCUAAAGCAACCAGUGUGUAGAUUAGAAACAUGAAAGAUAAGUGCGUUUGUAUUUGUCAAUGUAUCUGUUUCUGUUUUGACUGUGAUCCACUGUUUUAUGCUCAAGUAUGUAAUUACGACUCUCCCACAUCAAGCUUAAGUGUGAAAUCUAUUAGAUAAGAAAAUUUAAAUGUUAACUAUUACAGCUUGCUGAAAGACGGGCAAUGAAACAAAUAGAAAAACUUUGAUACGGUAAUAAUUUCUUUAAUGUCAAAAUGGCAAAGCACUAGGAUUGCAGGACAUGACCUUUUUGCUGCUUUAGUGAACUUGAAAUGACAGCAGCUUUAUUUUUUUAAGAUGAAAAACUCUUUAAGAGUUCAGAUAACAGGGGAAGAAAAA